GGGUCACGUCGGGGAUCGAAGGCUACAGUCGGCCUGGCCUCGGCAUCGCGAAUGCAGUUUGUUCGCGCGGCCGAGGGCUCCCUGCUCGUUUGCUUUUCCCUUGAGGGGAAGGAGCGUGUAAAGAAGGGAGAGACAAUGGGCAGAGGACUGGCUGGACGUCCGCGGGUGCCUUGACGUGGGGAGCGCAGCAGCUGCUCCGUGUUCUCCGGUUGCUUCCUUCGGUGGAGUGCAUUUCUGAAAGCUCCUCCCCUCUCCACUGACCGGUGGGUCUGGCAGAAGUUGGCCGAGCUGAAGGGUGUCCGCUUGACCCGCUCCGGCCGUUUCCUUUUCGUUGGGAGGACGCGGCCCCCUCUCUGUUCGGGAUGGAAGUUUUGAAGACGCGUGCACUUAGAAGAAGCGCCUGUGCCGCCGCCCGCUUCUGGAGAAGCAAAGUUACCCCGAAGCCGCCGUGUAGAGGCCUCAGUACUACGCCUGCGCGGAGCACUGUCAUGCCCGCUUGGGUGAUAGAUAAAUACGGAAAGAAUGAAGUCCUUCGGUUCACUCAGAACAUGAUGUUACCGAUCAUACACUAUCCAAACGAAGUCAUUGUCAAAGUCCAUGCUGCCAGUGUAAAUCCCAUAGACGUGAAUAUGAGAAGUGGUUAUGGAGCAACAGCUCUAAAUAUGAAGCGUGAUCCUUUACAUAUGAGAACCAAAGGAGAAGAAUUUCCUCUGACUCUGGGUCGGGAUGUCUCUGGUGUGGUGAUGGAGUGUGGGCUUGAUGUCAAGUACUUCCAGCCUGGAGAUGAGGUCUGGGCUGCAGUUCCUCCCUGGAAACAAGGCACAUUCUCAGAAUUUGUUGUCGUCAGUGGGAAUGAGAUCUCUCACAAGCCCAAAUCCCUCACGCAUAUCCAAGCUGCCUCUUUGCCAUAUGUAGCUCUCACAGCCUGGUCUGCCAUAAACAAGGUCGGUGGCCUGAGCGAGAAGAAUUGCAUGGGAAAACGUGCUCUAAUCUUGGGUGCAUCAGGUGGAGUUGGUACUUUUGCGAUACAGAUAAUGAAAGCAUGGGGUGCUCAUGUGACAGCAGUUUGCUCUCAAGAUGCCAGUGAACUUGUAAGACAGCUUGGAGCAGAUGAAGUCAUCGAUUACACACUGGGAAGUGUGGAAGAGCAACUGAAAUCUUUAAAACUGUUUGACUUUAUCCUUGAUAAUGUUGGUGGGUCUACUGAAAAGUGGGCUCUGAACUUCCUCAAGAAGUGGUCCGGAGCUACCUAUGUGACGCUGGUGACUCCUUUCCUCCUCAACAUGGACCGACUAGGCGUUGCUGAUGGCAUGUUGCAGACAGGAGUCACCGUGGGUACCAAAGCACUGAAGCAUUUCUGGCAAGGAGUCCAUUAUCGCUGGGCCUUCUUCAUGGCCAGCGGUCCGUGCCUAGAUGAAAUUGCAGAACUGGUGGAUGCAGGAAAGAUUCGGCCAGUUAUUGAUCAGACCUUCCCUUUUUCUGAAGUCCCAGAAGCCUUCCUGAAGGUGGAGCGAGGCCAUGCCCGAGGAAAAACUGUAGUUCACGUCAUUUAAAUAAACGAGUGUGCCAGCUUUCUUGUCAGUGAGUGCCGGACAUCUCACCUCCCCAGGCAGUUUUCCAAGUUAGAUGCUCAGUUUCGUGAUCUGUUUAAAAACCCGAACAUGAACCGUGAGACAGCUCAGCAGGUAACGGUGCCAGCAGAGCAGGCAUGGCUGCCUGAGUUCAAUUUCUGGAACCCACCUAAUGGAGGGAGGAGAGAACCCAUUCCACAGAACUGUUCUCUGAUCAACUUCCGCCCCCAUCGUGCACACACCUCCACAGUGAUAAAAGAGAAUAGAUAAUGUGUUGAAGCAUUGAGGUUUGUAUGUUGUGUGUAUGUGUGUGGGCAAACAUGCCAGGGUGCACUUGUGGAGCACAGAGGACCUUCAGCACCCACUCCUUCCCUUCCUGUGUAGGUCCUGAGGAUAGUACUUGAGUCGUCAGGCUUGGCGGCAGCUGCCUUUACCCGCUGAGCCAUCUCACCGGCCCAAUAAAGAACACUUAUAAAAAUAUGUAUUUUAAAAAAUACUUUUAAAAUUCACUAUUUAAGUUAACAUACAGAAUAGAAAUUCUUCAUGGAAUUCCAUGUGUGUGUCACUAAAAUAUAGCCUUCUUUUGCUAAUGUUUGAUAUAAAACCUUCACUUGUCUGUAGUCAGAAGUACAGUGUUUGGUUUCUUUUAUGUUGUGCUUAUGGGUGUUUUGCCUAUAUGUAUGAGCACCACGUGGCAUGCCUUGUCCCCGAGGAGGCCAGAAGUGGGUGUCAGAUCCUCUGGAACUAGAAUUAACUGGUGGGUGUGAGCUGCUAUGUGAGUGCUGGGAAUUGAACCUGGGUCCUGGAAGAACAGCAAGUGCCCUUAACCCCUGAAUCAUCUCUCCAGCCCCUACACAGUGUUUUUGUUUGCUUGCUUAAGCUGUGCUUUUGCAGACUUUUGUGGCCUUUUUUGUAGCUCCGCUCCCACCAUCUCACCCUAAUGUCUGUGAACCUCUGAAACAUGCAGCGUGUAGGUGGGUACCAGCAUGAAGAACUUAACACCGGUACCUUCUGAAAUUCUUCAGUUGACUAUUUUCCCAACUGGCUGCUCUAGUUUGGGUCAGAAACGACUCCCAGCAUUUGGAGGUGAUAGAACCUUUAAGAGGCAGGACCUAGUGGGAGGAAGUGGGGAAGUGCCAUUAGGGGAGACACCAGGGUCCAGUUCUUUCCUGCUUUCGUCCUGAUCACCAGUGGGCAAACCUGUGGAGCAUUUUCUUGACUGAUAAUUAAUGUGGGUGGGUCCAGCCCACUGUGGGAAGUGCCAUACCCAGGUAGGUGGUCCUGGCGUGUAUAAGAAACCAAACUGAGUAAGCUAAGGGGGAGCAAGCCAGUCUGCAGCAUUUCUCUGUGGCCUCUGCCUUGAGUUCCCACCCUGACUUACCUCCAAAUGGACUGUAAUCUGUGAGGUGAAAUAAACCCUUUCCUCCCCGUU